AUGUGUACGAGAGAUAAAGAUGGAAAAAUCGUCAGAAAGAAGGUAAAAGCUCAGAGUCAGCAUGGAAAAGGUGGCAAUGGUCUUGGUAAUCAUGACGCUCAACGGCACCGCAAAAUCCCACGCGAUACAAUCAAUGGCAUCAAAAACCCCUCCAUUCGUCGUUUGGCCCGCCGUGGUGGCGUCAAGCGUAUAUCCAACAUGAUCUACGAGGAGACCCGUAGUGUUCUCAAAAGUUUCCUCAGAAGUGUAAUCUACGACGCCAUUGUAUACACCGAACAUGCCAAACGCAAGACUGUCACUGAACUUGACGUCGUUCAUGCCCUCAAGCGUCAAGGCCGCACCAUCUACGGAUACGGCAACUGA